ACGGUGAGGACGAUGCUAAUAGCUUGUUAGCCUAGUGGAUUGUCGCUUUUCCUGUUGCGCUAAAUGGAAGGCAAAGUACUCGACUGCGAUUGAGGUACAGUGAUGUGCAGUCACAUCACACUAGAUUUCCAUACAUGUCAAUUCAUGAGCUUCAUGUAAGACGUGAUUGACUGUAUCAUCUCUGGCUACGUGUGGAGUGUUUCCUGAUAUUCAGAGACUGGGAACACUUGUCGCAUCAGGUUGGACUCAAAGAUGUAGUCAAAAGUGAAGUGUCUCUUUUAUGAGAUUCAUCAACUCCCUUGAUCAGACGCAUUUGACAAGUCUUAACUCCUCGUGGGUGGCUUCCACUCAGUGCUCCAGCUGUUGUCCAACAGUUCAUCUCUGACUGAACAUCCAGAUUCCCCCACCAUGUUGUUCUCUUUGCGUGAACUUGUCCAGUGGCUUGGCUUCGCCACCUUUGAACUCUUUCUGCAUUUACUAGCGUUGCUAGUCUUCAGUAUGCUGGUUGCCCUACGAGCUGACAUGUUCACCCCCAUGUUAAGCUGGUGGCUGGUGUUCGUCCCCCUGUUCGCCGCCGACGGUCUCAGCACCUACUUCACGGCCAUAGUAUCUAUCCGGCUUUACCAGGAAAACGAGAAGCGCCUGGCGGUGCUGCGGCUGCUUUGGGUGCUGACGGUACUGAGCCUGAAGCUGGUGUGUGAGGUGCUGCUGUGCCAGAAGCUGGCAGAGCAGGAGCAAGCCAGAGACCUUUGGUUCGGCCUCAUCGUCUCGCCACUGUUCAUCCUUUUGCAGCUGCUGAUGAUACGAGCAUGCCGAGUCAACUGAGGAGGUUGGAUGUUCUUUAACAUUGCAAGGAGCGCUUUUCAUCUGCUGUUGAGAAAUUGAAAACAUAACAAGGUUGUGUGUUCCAGUUUGGCACCUCCUGUUUUUUUUUGGGUGAACAUAUAGUACUUGUAUCAUGUUCCAUGGAUUGCACACUUUAAUUUUUCUUUUGUGUCCCUGUUUCUAAUUGAACCGAGCUGAACAAAGACUUUCGCUGUGUGUGGUUAUUAGAUGUACAAUACUUCAAAAUGUCUGCUGUAUUAUGGAAAAAUCCCUGCCUCUGUGUUUAAGGAAAGUUUGAUGUGUCCAUUCCAGCAACUUUUAAUAUGAAAGGCUCAAGAAUAGUCACGUUAUAAGAUGGGAAACAUUUGAUUGACUCCUGAAACUGAAAUGCCAAGAGGGCAAAAUGUAACUCUGCAAGCCAUCUUCAGGCUGGGAUUUCACCCAUACGUGAGUUAUUCAGUGUUUAUGGCGUGAGAUAUCUGUGUCACAUCAUAGUGCCUCUUCUUUGUGUAAUUUGUGAUAGACAAUAAGCUUUGAAGAAAAAAAAGUCGUGCUUCAAAACGCACACGUGCACACAACAGUGCGACUCAGUGGGAUCAGGAACACGGAAAGAGCAGUUGCACCAGAAAUGUUUCUGUUGGAAAAAUUGACAUGAGACCUUGUGACUCAAUUUGUACUUUUUUUGUCUGCUGCCCACAGGUUCACCCAAAUGAAAAGAAUGUAAACAGAGACAACUGUCUGGUUUUCUUUUUGUUCACUGCCCCCAACAUUCUGUGUUGAUUUCUCUUAUGUUGUUUUUUGUUUUGCAUGGAUUCAAAGCCUGAUUUGAAAGCAACUCGCUGUGUGCAAAAUGUACGUGUAAUGUAUAUGACAAUUUUGGGAAAGAACAUGACAAGAUAUUUAUGUUGUUUUGUUAUUACUCACAUUUAUCUGUAAAUAAGAUGUAAAUAAACCAAUAUUUAAUCUA